AUGUACAGUAAAACCUCGUUUAUCCGGCCUUCGAUCAACCGAAUCUCCGCGUUAUCCGAGCCACCGGACUUAUCCGAGCACUCCGCGUUAACCGAGCUGUGCGCUCGGAUAAUACGGAAAAACUCGGAUGAAACGGAUGACGCUUCGCUGCUAUGCGAUGCGCGCGAAAAGCGAAAAAAAGUCGUCGUGAGUGUAGAGAAAAAGUUGGAAGCAAUUAGAAGAUUGGAUAGAGGAGAAAUCAUUCGCAAUGUCGCGGCUGAUUAUGGUGUUGGAGAGACCACCGUUGGCGAUUGGCGUCGAAAUCGAUCUAAUUUAGAGCAAUUUGCAAUAAAAUCGGACGGUGCGAUGACUAGUCGUAAAACGAUGAAACCGGCAGAGUAUGAUAAAGUUGAUAAAGCUUUAUUUCUAUGGUUCACUCAAAUGAGAGAAAAGGGACUGCCAGUAUCAGGCUCCAUUUUACAGGCAAAGGCCAUGAUGCUUGCAAAGCAGUUUCCCGACGAAAGCGAAACUUUUACGGCAAGUUGCGGAUGGCUCGACAGAUGGAAGAAAAGACACGCUAUUCGUCAGUUAAGCAUCUGUGGCGAAAAAAUGUCAGCUGAUGAAGGCGGAUUGAAUGAAUUUAAAGAAGAAUUUAAUAAGCUUGUAGAGGAAGAAGGAUACUUGCGGGAUCAAAUUUAUAACUGCGACGAGACUGGUCUGAAUUUUCGAAUGAUGCCUUCUAAAACAUUGGCCUCGCGAGAAGAAGCGGUUGCUCCGGGGUACAAAAAGAACAAAGAAAGGGUCAGCAUUUUAGCAUGCAGUAACGCGUCCGGUACACACAAACUUCCGUUGAUGUGUAUCGGGAAAUCGGCUAAACCGAGAGCAAUUAAACACAUCAAACCGGAAGCCUUGCCAGUUUACUACGCGCAUCAAAAGAGUGCUUGGAUGAGUCGCGAUCUUUUCCAAAAAUGGUUUUUCGAACAAUUCGUCCCUUCGGUUGAGAGAUUUUUGAACAAAAAUGGUCUUCCAAGAAAAGCUAUUUUGUUACUCGACAACGCUCCAUCACACCCGAACGAGUCGGUUCUCAGAAGUGACAAUAUAAUUGUAAAAUUUUUUCCACCGAAUGUAACCUCUAUUGGACAACCAAUGGAUCAAGGCGUACUCGAGACUUUCAAACGUCAUUAUCGACGUUUUUUGUUGCAAGAAAUUCUGGAAAAAAGUGCCGCGGGUAGUACUCUUAAAGAAUGUUUGUUAGCAAUAAAUAUGAAAAGUGUUAUUUACUGGUCAGCUCAAGCUUGGGAUGCUGUCCAAAGGCUUACGCUUGAAAGAUCAUGGGCAAAAAUCUUGUGUUCUAACAAUCAAAGCGAUAAAAUAGCAGACGAUGUAGAUCUACAUAGCAUCAUGGAGCAGAUUCCUGGUUGUGAAAACGUCGAAAGAAACGAUACUGAGGAAUGGGUUCAUGGUGACGAUUGUGAAGAAGAACUUACAGACGACGAAAUUGGCCAACUCGUAAAUUUUGGAGAAGAGAUCGCGGAUGAUAUAGAAGACGGCGAAGCGGAAGAAAGUCCGGUAAUCAGCCACGAAGGAUUAAAUGCGCUUGAACUAGCUCUCAAAUAUAUCGAGGAACAGCCGGAAAGUACUGCAAGUGAUCUCUUAUUGAUGAAACGAUGGCGAGAUAUUGCAGCUAAAAAACAAAUGAGCAGGUUGAAGCAGUGCUCUAUCACUGACUUUCUUAAACCACGUUUGUAA